AUGGUUGCAAGAUUCUUACUCACCAACCCAAACGUUUCUUUGAUUCAAAUUGAAGGUGUCGCUAACUCCAAGGAUGCUAAAUUCUACUUAGGUAAGAGAAUUGCUUACGUCUACAGAGCUUCCAAAGAAGUCAGAGGUUCCAAGAUCAGAGUUAUCUGGGGUAAGGUUUCAAGAACCCACGGUAACAACGGUUUAGUUAGAGCUAACUUCAAGAAGAACUUACCAGCUAAGACUUUCGGUGCUUCCGUCAGAAUCAUGUUAUAUCCAUCUAACAUCUAA